GUCGGUGCCGUGUGUGACGCGUAAAGGGGCUGGAUGUAUACACUUGUGUGAUCCUCCUCCAUUCAUGUGUGUUCAGAGGCAGCAGCUCCGACAGCCGGGUCCUCACUUGUGCCAUCUCUUCCCAACGCAAAGCUUGUUUUAUCACACGCACAAAGGUAGUGAGCCCCGGUCACUGUAUCCACCAUGGCAGAAGCCCACCAGGCUGUGGCCUUUCAGUUCACUGUUGGCCCUGAUGGCAUCGACCUGCAGUUAUCCCACGAGGCGCUGCGCCAGAUCUACCUGUCCGCACUCCACUCCUGGAAAAAACGCUUCAUUCGCUUCAAGAAUGGGGUGAUGACCGGUGUGUACCCGGGAAGUCCUGGUGGAUUUAUGGUCGUUGUUGUGUCCUACAUGUCCUAUAAUAGAUAUUAUCAACUGGAUCCCUCACGGGGGAUUCUUACAAAAGUUGGUCAAUAUUUGCCCAUCAGUCAAUACAUCUCCUCAGACAGUCAGAAGAUCGUUGGAGGAGUCCUGGUGGGCACCGGGCUGUGGGUCUCCAUCAUCAUGGUCAUGAGGAACGUGCUGAAGUCCCUGCUGUCCUGGCACGGCUGGAUGGCCCAGAGACACGGCUCUGUGCCCUACUCCACACGCCUGUGGAUGUUAUUAGUGAAGAUUUUCUCUGGCCGGAAGCCAAUGCUUUACAGUUUCCAGAACUCUCUGCCAAGACUACCAGUUCCUGCUGUUAAGGACACCUGCAGAAGGUAUUUGGAGUCUGUCCGUCCUCUGAUGGAGGAUGAACAAUUUGAGAGGAUGAAGGGUUUGGCCAAAGACUUUGAGAAGAAUCUGGGGCCCAGACUGCAGUGGUACCUGAAGCUCAAGUCCUGGUGGACGUCAAACUAUGUCAGUGACUGGUGGGAGGAGUACAUUUACCUCAGAGGCCGCAGUCCCAUCAUGGUCAACAGUAACUAUUAUGCCAUGGAUUUUCUUUAUGUAUUCCCAACAUCAAUCCAAGCAGCAAGAGCUGGUAAUGCGAUUCAUUCGAUCAUGCUCUAUAGAAGAAAACUGGACAGAGCCCAAAUCAAACCAAUAUACUUGCUGGCAAACAAGGUUCCACUGUGUUCGGCUCAGUGGGAGCGGAUGUUUAAUACAAGCCGUAUCCCUGGUGUGGAGACGGACAUUCUAGUGCAUGUGAAUGAAACCAAACACAUCGUCGUGUACCACAAGGGCCGCUUCUACAAGGUCUACAUGUUUUAUGAUGGACGGCUGCUGUUGCCGCGGGAGAUCGAGCAGCAGAUGGAGAGGAUCUUGGCCGACACGUCUGAACCAUCUCCGGGAGAGGAGAAACUGGCUGCUCUCACCGCUGGCGAAAGGACACCAUGGGCCAAAGCUCGUGAGACCUACUUCAAUCGUGGAAAGAACAAGCAGUCAUUGGACGCGAUUGAGAAGGCUGCCUUCUUUGUGACUCUUGAUGACACUGAGCAACGCUAUGAUGAAAAGAAUCCAGUGAAGUCUCUGGACAGCUACGCCAAGUCCCUGCUCCAUGGAAAGUGCUAUGACAGGUGGUUUGAUAAAUCCUUCAACUUGAUUGUCUUCAAAAAUGGCACGAUGGGUCUGAAUGCAGAGCACUCUUGGGCUGAUGCUCCGAUCGUUGGACACCUCUGGGAGCAUGUGCUUUCCAUGGAUCCUGUCAAGUUAGGAUAUAAUGAAGAAGGUCACUGCAAAGGACAGCCCCAUUCAAACAUGCCCGGUCCCCAGCGCCUGCAGUGGGACAUUCCCACAGAGUGUCAGGAGGUCAUCGAGAGCUCUUUGACAGUUGCCAGGAAUCUGGCCGAUGAUGUGGACUGUCACAUCAUCCCCUUCAACACCUUUGGAAAAGGCUUGAUUAAGAAGUGCCGCACCAGUCCUGAUGCCUUCAUACAGAUCGCCUUGCAGCUGGCCCAUUACAGAGACAAGGGGAAGUUCUGCCUGACCUAUGAAGCCUCCAUGACGCGCCUGUUCCGUGAGGGCCGAACAGAAACUGUGCGCUCCUGCACUGUGGAGACCUGUGCCUUUGUCCGAUCCAUGAUUAGAGAUGAAACUAGAGAGGAGCGUUUGAAGUUGCUCAAAACGGCCGCAGAGAAGCACCAAAACAUGUACCGUUUGGCAAUGACAGGACAAGGCAUCGACCGUCACCUGUUCUGUCUCUAUGUGGUCUCUAAAUACUUGGGAGAGGACUCUGCUUUUCUCAAAGAGGUGCUUUCUGAGCCAUGGAGGUUGUCUACCAGUCAGACUCCUCUCCAGCAGGUGGAGCUGUUUGAUCUGCUCCAACACCCAGAGUACGUCUCCUCAGGGGGAGGAUUUGGACCGGUUGCAGAUGAUGGAUAUGGUGUUUCUUACAUCAUUGUUGGUGAGAAUCUCAUCAACUUCCACAUCUCCAGCAAACAUUCAAGCCCUGAGACGGACUCUCACCGCUUCGGGGGCCACAUCAAACAGGCCAUGAUGGACAUUUUGGAUCUGUUCCAGUUCGAUAAGAAAGGCACCAAGUGAAUGCCCUUUCCGCUGGUGCUGUGAACAGACUAUGUUAUAAAUAUGUUUGUACAGGUUUGAAAUUUGGGAGUAUUUAAAGUUAAUUCUUGUGAGAGGAAUGAGGAAAUUUGGAGACUUGUUUGCAAUUAGAAACAUAAUUUGGUAUCUGUAUAUAGGUGAGGAGAUGCUGAGAUUUGCAGAGUAUGAUGCAGGUAGUGAAAAGAUUAAAGUUUUUAUUUCCAAGACUGUACGGUGCCUUAGUGACCCACUAAUGUAUCAAGGCCAGAAAGGGAAGAGCAAGUCGGUUUGCUGCUGUAAAGUCUGAAAUCAAAGGUUUCAAGUGAGGUUUAAUGGAAUCACAUUUCGUUUUAUUCUUUGAGUAGUCCUUGUUCAGGUGUAAAUUUAUUUAAUGUUAAAACUCAGAAGUACAUCUAGUGAGCAGAUGAUCAAAACUGAGUAAUGCUAAAUUUUAUGUAGCAAUAAUCUGAUGCUUAAAGUUGCACUGUGUAACUUUUCUGGAGGGGGUCCGGUUUCUGUUUGUCUCCAUGGAGAUGUUAAUGCUUCUGUUUAAGUUAAGUCUUGCAUUUAUUCAACUAUAGGUGUUAUUUAUUGCUCAAAAAUAUCUUAAAUUUUCUCCACAAAUCUAAGCUGUAAUUUCACUUGCAAGUCUCCAUGGAGAUUAAUUCGUUUAUGGGACAUACUGUGGAACAUUCUAGCAGACAAGAAGGUGACGGACCCUCCAGCAGACAAGUUACACAUCGCGGCUUUAAAAUGGAUCGUAUUUUUUGCCCCUAUCGUAAUUUUGAAAAAGUGAAAUUGCACGUGACAUCGCUGUCUCUCUUAGCUGCUAAUAUGUCCAUUGCUAAUUUGUUGAUGUAGCGUCAAAGGGAGGUCAUGUCCGCGUCUUCUUUCAUUCUCAGGUUAAACUGACUUAGUCUUUUAUUGCUGGGUGCUUCGUAGAGCAUCGGACGAUUGAUUUUGCUGAUUUUAAAUUGUUAUUUAAUUUCGCAAGUUAGAGAUUCACUAUGUAACUUUUCUUUUGGACUGUACCGUAGAUUGUGUGUAUAUAUAUAUAUAUAUAUAUAUAUAUAUAUAUAUAAACGGACAUAGCGAACCUGCGAGCCGCCGUGUUUGAAAGGGGAAGUAGAGCCCUGCACUCCCACGGGACCCGAGGCAAAACAGUGGGGCGCAGGGCAUGUUUUGAAAGCUCAUUGCGGGCGUGAGCGGGUGGGAUGAUAAACUGCAGUCUCGCAAAAUAAAUAUGAGUGUAAACUAAAAUAUACAAAUGAUUAAUGUAAGCCUAUCAUUAGGAAUGUAACAAAAAACAAAAUAUCGUGAUAUUGUACCGUCAAAGCUCUCACAAUAAUAAUAUCAUGGACCAUCACAAUAUAUUGAAUUACAAGUCCCUUUGCUUAAAUUAAGAGUUAUGGUGCAACAAUAGCUAAAAAAGACAAAGGGAACUACAUAGACCAUGAUCCUUUGCUCCAUUUCAGUGUAGACUACAAGAAGUAGUAACAGUUUUAAGCACUUUUAAGUCUUAGUUGUUUGGACUAAGUAAAUUUUAAGAGGAAAAAGUAGUGACACAGUUUUGUUCGCUUCCACAAAAUAUCACAAUAUCACAUAAAUAUCGUACCGUGAGAUGUAUAUUGUGAAAAUAUCGUACCGAGAGAUUUGGAUAUUGUUACAUUCCUAAUCGUGAGCUUUCCCACGAUAUCGCAAUAAGUAUCGUACCGUGAGGUUCAUACCGUGACGAUAUCCUUUUAUAAAUAAUUUGGGCUGGAUAUUUAAAUUGGCAUUAAUAAAAAUAUUUUUAGCAGCCUAAAUUCACGGACAUGGUCUAAUCUUGUCCACAUUUUAGACAAUUCUUUACCGCUUCUCCGUGUUUGAUAGAGUUUGAGAAAGCGAACAUCCCCCAUUUGCUGGAUUUGCGGGCAGGACCGGGACAAAACACCGCAGACUCGUGAGGGAACAGGAAUGAAAAUUACAAUUCUUUGCGGGUGUGGGCGGGAGCGGGACUGAAAAUUCUGUCCCGCGCAGACCUCUAAUAGGAAGUGAGCAUGGGCACUCUUCCGGCUCCAUCGACUUAGACUCCAGUUCUGUUUGUACUGAAAAAAGCGUCACUCCUCUCUCUCUGGAACCGCUACUGUCAGACUCCUCAUUUUGGGCAUAAAACGUUCAUAUUAACGCUCUCUACAUGAUCCUGGUGCUUUUAUUUCACAAUUUUGUCCAUUAAUAAAUUCCUAAUCCUAAUAUGAAACUCGGCACCAAAUUCCAACUUCAAAAUCUAUAACUGCAGGCCUCGUUGAGCUUCAUUUGACUCCCUUCUGUAUUCAGUGUAUGGACAGUACACCACUUACUUGCUUGUCUCCAUGGACGUGUUAUUGCUUCGCCUGGAAUGUUCCACCGUAUGACAUUAACAUUUCAGACUAAGUAAUAAGAUCCCAGUAGAGAAACGCAACACACGCCAGAAAAGUGUCAUAGUGCGGCUUUAAUGUGAAUGAGAUUCUAAAAUAAUAUUGAUAAAGCUGCGUUAAAACAGUUCACGGUCAACUGACAUUUCCACUUUUCACGUUAUAAAUACAAUACACUCCGAAAUUCAUUGUGUGUGUGCGUGUGCAGUAAACAGUUUUCAUCACAGGUUUGCGUUAAUUGUGUAUUUUUUUUAGUGCGUCACUGGUCAAAGUUGUGUACAAGCUUCGUUCACAGACUAACUAAUGGAACAACGCUUCUCUUCAUUACAGUAUAGUACGAUCGGCUUUAGGGUUUAGACACGCACAUUUGGACAGUUAAGGAUUGCAUUUCUAUUUUGUAUAUGUUGUCCGGAAGUUAUUUAUUUUUCAUGUUUGUAAUUUCAUCUAAACUGUUUGGAAACUGCAUUUUUACCAUUUGAAUGUGGAAGGUGUAAUAAUGUAAUUUAGGCACUAAGUUUGGGGGUUUUUUUUGUUUCUGGAGGGAUUUAUUAUUUUUUUUUUUGGACAGAACAUUGUAGUUGACUUUUUUUAUCUUUGGUUAGAACUCAUGUUUACACUGCUGCAUGGUUUUGCUAAUGGCGCUGUAUGUUUGCCUUUUAAUUUAACAGAUGUUUAACAAGAAUAAGCAGCUGAUUAAACCAAAACUCAAUAAAGCGAAUGUCAGACAGCUGUA